AUGAAGUACACACCACAGAUGAGGACCACGACAACCGAAGUUGUUUAUGUACCGGAUAAUGUCGAUGGAAAAGCUUACAUGGGAUAUCAGAGAUUUAAACUACGUGUUUGGAUCUUUUCUGGACUAUCGAUUCUCAUUGUUAUCUCUCUGGCUGUGGCAUUAAUAAUCCAAAUUUUGAACUUCUCAACAUUCCUUUCACAGAAGUACGACCUUGCCGAGGGCGAUAUGAGGAUAAUUUCUGUAUCAACAGCUUUCUGUGAAGAAAUUUCUCUUGGCAAAGACGCCUCUGUAAGGACGUUGUCGAUUUUGCCCUCCAUGAAACUUGGUCACCAAUUCCGCCGCACCAAUACAUCAAACGAAGUAUUCGUCUCAAAAUUCCUUUACUGGUACAAAGGGUUUUAUUUGUUGCAAGGUUCAUCGAUUGUCAUAAACGCUGAAUCGGACGAUGCAUUAUCGCUAUUCAUUUUCAAGGACAAAACGCGUUUGAAUGAGUGGAUCGAUCGAAACGGGGAUCCGCGAAAAACGAUUUCCGCUGCGGAGCGUCCUCAAGGAGCGAGACCCACGACGCAGCCUACAAGGAUAUCGUACAGUUUGAACGCUCUGGAGACCGGAAACUACUAUAUUCUUUUUGAAUUCUCAAAACGUGCAAAGGAAUUCGCAAGAAUGAAACUCGACUUGAGCGUAAAUCGCAAGCUCUACGAUUUGACGCCUUCUGUUUAUAGUUGCAGCGCGGGGGCUAAAGAUACGUGCUCUGCAAGACUACUUUUUGGUUCCUCGGAAGUUGGUGUGAUCGAGGUCAUCAAAGAACCGAUCCAGUCGUCUUAUCGCGGUAAUGAGCUUACUAUCACAUGGCAGUGCGUUCCGCGGAUUUGGUUUUACGUAGCAGUUUUUGCUGGACCAACAUUAUUCGCUGCCGUUGUCAGUUUUUCAUGCUACUUCGUUGUCAUCAGUCGCGAGAAACAGAAGUGUGCGCGGAUGCUUGAUCAGUGCUCCCUCGAGCGCGCAAGUGUUGCUGGACGCUGUAACUCGUUGUCUUACCGUAGUUUGAGCGGUUCAAUGCGACGACCUCCCAGUGAAACACCGAGCGCACGAAACUCGGACAUGUCACGCUCUCCCUGUUUCCAACCCGUCGUGACAACAAUGUACACUGGUGACUCAUUAAGCGCAAGCGAGGACAGUGGAAACGAUACAGACGAGGAGAUUAAGCAAAACAGCGCGACAGCAUGCGCUAAAAAAGGAAAAAGCUCUGUUGAUGGGAUCUCUGUAGCGUCAAGAGAAAUUACGGUUUGUAGAAAACCAAGCUUCACCACAUUUCAGGGGAGCGACGACGAAGCUGUCAAAAUUAGAACUGCUAAGUCACGCAAUCCAGGUGGUCGACUUUGCGAGAGUACUAACAACCAAAAAAGUGAACGAACGAAUUUUAAUCGCUUUGAAAUGCGUUAUAAUUUUCAGGUCGGUUCUCUUCCAAAAAAUCUGCCUGCGCGACGAUACUCAAGCGACGAAAUAUUUGGUCGAGGGAGUAGAACUCUGCCUGUUCAGCGUGGUUACCUAGCAACAGGCGUCCAAGUACCGCAUCAACACGCCCCUGGGGCUGAUGGUGCAGCUUUUUGCGCUUUGACUGAAGGAUCGCCUGACAGCUUCCGCGGCAGACGUUCCUGCAGCGAAAGGUUACACAAACCGAAAUACGAUCACCGUGGCUUGCAUGAUAAAAUUCUCAAUGGCUCCAUACAAGCAAACUCACGAACCCGACGAUAUUCCAGCGAUGAAAUUUUUGAACGUGAACGUAUCAGCAUCAGUCUACCGCGUAGUCAUGACAACUCAAAGGUCUCCACCCGCCCGCCUUAUCAACCCAUCUCAAGCAUGGAAUCUCCUAUGUCACGCAAUUCGAGUGAAGGUAGGCGUGACUUUUGCGAAAGUGAACAGCCUACUAGUAAAAGACCACGCAAUAUUUUAAAUGACGAACUGUGUGAACGUGAGCGUAUUAGCAGAAGUUUGCCGCGUAACCGCGACAACACAGAGUCUACCAGAAACCCGCCAUAUCAACCUACCACAAUCACUGAAGCUGCUUUGUCACGCAACUCACUCGAUCGUAACCGUAACAUCUGCGAAAGUGGCCAGUUUGGCACCAAAAAACCCCGCAAGCCUUCAAGCGAAACGAGAAACAGGCCCGAUGGACAAGGUAUUGGCAUUAAUAUUCCUAACGGAACCAUUCCAAACUCUUCCAUACGACGAUGUUCUAGUGAUGAACUUGGUGUUAGUGAAGUAUGUGGUCUUGCCAGUAAGUCAUUACCCCGUAGCCGUGGUCACACACUACCUGCCGCGCCUCUCAGCGACCAACUGGCACCGGAGCAGUUUUUUUCAUCCAGUAGGCCCUCUUCUCUUCCUUCUUUGCAUUAUUCGGCCGGGUCAAAGGGAAUGCAACUUCAUUCAGUGCCCAACGCCUGCCUAAAAGGAAGCGAUGCUGGCGAUGGAAGCGAUUGCGUUGACAAAGAAAAAGAAGCCGAAAAAGAAAAAGACAUCGAACCGCAAAGUAUUAAAUUGCGGGCGCACUCUAUGAGGCGGCGAGAAAUGGGCUGGACCCCACGUCUGUCCAUGGUCUCUGAGUCCGAAGUGUGA